UCGCAGCGCGCGGUGCGUCGGUCGGACAGGCAGCGCAGCGUUUGGUUUUCAUUAUGUUGUCUCGACACUGACCCCCUGCCCUCCUGCUGCAGAAAUGUGAAGCCAGCCCAAAGCUGGCAGCCGUGCUGUGCGGAAGAGAGCCGAGCAGAGCUGAUGUGCAGUGUGCGCUGCUUUCACUAUUAAAACCCGGUCGGUCGGUGGGUCGGCAGGCUGGACUGCUGCUGCUGCCGCACGAACACGAGCCGCCCCGACGCGCGCCAUGGCCAUGGCGCACAAGUAGCUGCUCCGCCGGCAUCCAUGCUCAACUCGUUUUUUUGCAGAGAUUUUUUUUUUAUUAAGCCUAUUUAUUUAGCUCUUUCCCGGAGGUGUGAUACAUCGCAAGCCAUGGUGUGCUCUGGCACAUCCAGAUGUUUACGCAGCAGCCAGCGGUGCUGCGCGCCGCUGCUGGCCGCCGCGCUGCUCAGCCUUCUGGCCGCAGGGAUGCAGCUCACCGCGGCGUUCCCCUCCUGGAGGUUAGAGGAAGAAGCUCACACCACUGUGCUCCUCAUCGGGAUCCGCAAAGAGGCCCGGUCGCAAGUGCUGCACCUCUCCAGGAACAAGCGCUACACACUGACCCCAGAGCAGCUCAAGUGGGACAAGUUCAAGCUGACAUACAAGUUGCUCUCUUUUCCUACAAACUUGAUAAAUGCCAGCGACACGCGUCGAGGCAUCGCCAAGGCGUUCACCAUGUGGAGCGACGUCUCACCGUUCACGUUCAGGGAGGUGGCGGCCGACGAGGAGGCAGACAUAAAGAUCGGCUUCUACCCAGACAACCACACAGACUGUUGGCAGUCCUACUUGCACCAUUGUUUCGACGGCAUCACAGGAGAGUUGGCCCAUGCAUUCUUCCCACCAACCGGCGAGAUCCAUUUUGACGACCACGAAUACUGGAUUCUGGGAAACAUGCGCUUCAGCUGGAAGAAAGGGGUCUGGCUGACGGACCUCGUCCACGUGGCGACUCAUGAAAUCGGCCACGUGCUGGGACUCAUGCACUCCAUGGACCCAAAAGCUAUAAUGCACUUGAAUGCAACUCUGACAGGACGCAAGCUAAUAACGCAGGAUGAGGUGUGGGGCUUGCACCGCCUCUAUGGAUGUUUGGACCGGUUAUUUAUCUGUCCUGCCUGGGCUCGGAAAGGAUAUUGCGAGAGCAAGCGCAAGCUGAUGCAGAAGCACUGCCCCUCCAGCUGUGAUUUCUGUUACGAGUUCCCCUUCCCCACGGUGGCCCCCACGCUGACGCCUCCGAGGACCAAGCACAAACUGGUCAUCGAGGGCAAGAAGCUGACCUUUCGCUGCGGGAAGAAAAUUGCGUCAAAGAAAGGCAAAGUAUACUGGUACAAAGACGGGGAGCUGCUGGAGUACUCGCAGCCCAACUACAUCUCCCUGAAGGCCGACCACAUCACCAUCGUGGCCAACGCCAUCAACGAAGGGACUUACACAUGCGUGGUGAAGAAGAAAGACAAAGUCCUCACCAACUACUCGUGGAGGGUACGCGUGCGCUUCUGAAGCCGCCGCCGCCCCCCCCACCCAUGCAUGCUGAGCAAGGGCACAUAUUUUAGUUUUGCAAAAUAAUUUCCUUGUCAUCAUUCACAAAGAAUGAUUAAAAAAAGAAAAGAAAAAUCCACCACAGGUUGUAAAACACUUUUUUCGGGGGAAAAACAAACAACCUGAGUAAAGCUGUCAAUGGCAGACAAAUCCUGAGCAGUCCUAGUCAGCAAUUUUGGGUUUUGAGACAUUUCCCGGUUCUCCGGCUCUGAGCUCAUGGAUUCAUGAGGUUCAAGCCCACCCAUCAGCUCUGAGGUAGCUUAAUAAAUUGAGGCUCAAAUAAUUUUAUAGUGUCAUAAUCACAGAUUUUAUAUGUAAUCUAAAAGUUAGCCUUAUUUUAUUAUGGCAUAGCGACUGACCGAGGGAAUCUACAAAAAUCAGUCCUGGUGACAAAAGAAAAAGAGAAGGAAGAAAAAAAAAAAUCCACAUCUCUAAUGUGCUUCUUUUUAUGAUCCUGAAAGAGUCGCAGAAACCCUCGCUUAGAUGCACGCCGUUCAAAUAAUUUACACACUGACCGACUAAGCCACUAAAGCCAGAAUAAGCAAUGUUGCCUGCAGCCUUUUGAGCUAUUUGGACCUCAACCCACACAUGGAGAACCUCAGACGUCUAGCUUGCUUUACUAGCCUCUCAGCGAAGCCAGCAGUCUCCCUCCAGAGACGCAGCGGUCCAGUUCCACUGGCGGCUCCCUUUCCAAGCUUAUUCAACACAUCAGGUGUAAUAAUCUGCACAAGGGCCACUGGUGGAAACAGAUAAAACUUAUUAAUGAAUAUUUCCAUUAUAAAAGCUCUGGGAUGAGAAGUAUUUUUCGGUGCCCGAUCCAGCAGGAGAAGUGCGCGGCUUUGCAGGGACCAAAGUUGUAAUGUUUAUUUUUCUUUGGCUCGUAAUCAAGAGAAUUUAUUGGUUUAAUUCUGGAGUUGUUAAGCCAAUUUAAAAACAAAAGGCAGAGCAAAGUCGGGGCCUCUUUUUUCGCCUGAAAGAAGAAAAGCACUGAGACAAAAUGUGCAAUACAAGAAUUACAUCACUUUUGGAGAGUGACUUCCAAGCUGGGUUGAAUGCUCAAUUUCUUUUAGGCUCAACUUCCCUUCAUUUUUUUUUUCCUUCUCAACUGCAGUGUGCAGUGAGUUUGGACUGAGUUUAUAAAUACAUGGAAAAUGGCAGACAAAACAAAGUUUCAAACUUUAUUUCUAACAAAAAAACAGUCUGUCAUUUUGUGAGCUGGCAUUCCCACCAAGAUCUCUGACAGUGUUGGAUGGAACAUGUACUUUUAACGCUGCGUCAUCAUACAGUAAAGCUCAGGUAUCCAGCUAUUUAUAAGAUCCAGUCCUCUCUUAUGAAGUAUAUGAAGACAAAUGCAACAUAAGGACAAAAGUUUGGGGUUUAGGGUUUUCCCCUGUUGAAGAGCUAAAAUCGUCACAUUUGAAAUGAUCAAAUGGCUUAUAAAAAAAAAGAAAAAAUAGAGAAAAAAAGGCAGAAAUUCAACAAGUUCGAGUCACAGUCUUGCUGUUAGACAGUCCUGACUUUGAUGGCGGUUGAUUCUGAUCCGAUUCUGGUCUGGCCUAGAGAGCUAAACUGUCCGGCGUCAGACAAACGAGUCCGAGCCCUCUUCGCUCCGUGCUUCUCUGCGAGGCGGCCAACGGUCCUGCAGCCACGGCCUCAGAAUUUGAGGCUGAAUCCCGGGCCAACUGCCGAUGCUCCCUGGUUGCUGGUCGUCAAGUGGAAACCGGUGUCUUUCAGGUCGUCAUCGCCCUGGAGAAACAAGACAUAAAGGAAAAACGGGCCUUUGAUAUCACCUGGUUUCAUUUCCUACAUUUCUUUCUAAACAGAUCUGAUGAAUAUUAACACUGGUUGCUGUUAAGACGGACCGUUAACCAGAGUUUAAGGAGACCUUUUGAUUGUUAUUCCACAUAAGCAUGCAUGAGGAUGUUAAUUGGUAACACUGUUGUUGUUCUUUCUGGGUUUCAGCGAGUCUCCGUAGGCUUGUGCUAUGUUUCACAAGCUCUUCCACCCUGAUAAGAAUAAAACUGAAAAUAAUAUCCAAUAACUCUGGCACGGUUCUAAUUUGUGUGCAAAGUGGAAAAUAUCGACACUGCUGCUUCUGUUGAGGAAUAUCUAUAUCAGACCGGAGCUUAUGGGCAAAUAGGACCACUGCUGAAAACAUUAGGAACUAAAGGGAGUUCAUUUUGGAAAACACAAGGAGGAAAUACUCUGACACAAAGCAGAAGCCUGCAUGUCUGUAAUCUAUUUAACACAGACAGCAUUCAGAAAGCCUGGUAGCUGUGUGUAAUGGGGAAAAAGGAGCCUAAUGUCCUUACCAGGUGACUGUAGGCCAGGCCUCCCUCGGGUGGACGUGGACUGGUGCCUCUCUUCACCCUCUGCUGCUCGCUCUUGGCCGGCCAGGUGGGGAACAUGGAGGGUUCGAUGGGGAGCGGCGUCUCUCUGAAGUACUCGUGCUUGAGCCCCUCGUCCGACAGGAUCCUCUUGCUGGGGCAGUAAGUGAGGAACCUGAAAACAAGCCACACGGACAUUCUUGGUUGGCAUUUCAUCAAAAGGAGCAGAGGUGCCACCGGCAGCUCGGAGCACCGUGUGGACUGAAACAGGUGCCAGACGCCUGCAGCUGCCUUCACCUCAGAUUCCUUCAGAGAUUCAAACACGUCUGGCAUUUAGCUCACCGAGGUCCGUUUCUCUAAAUCAGGCCCUUGCAGGCAGGAUUAACUGUGCAGGAGUCGUCUUUCUGUGCCACGGCCAGAAAAAUAGGGACAAGAAAUAGCCGACCAAUGACGUAGGAGCAGAUGAGAUUGACACAGCUGUACAGGUUUGUCUCCGAGCAGCCAGUUAGCACCACUAACUGCUUCUUUGUCGACUUGAGAUUAAGCCGAUCAAAGUUUGAUGGCUCUGCCUGAUGUGCAUCUACGCAGAAGUGGACAUGUGGACUUCCAAUCAGUUUCACUUUAGUAAUGUGGAAUGUAAAUAUGGACAGAUUAUCUGCAAGUCUUGCUCUUUACCGUUAAAAUGAGAGAUACGUUUUAAAUACUAAAGUCUGGUAAUUAUGCUAAUUUGAAACCUGUUUUUUAUGAAGCUACAUCUUGGUGGAUGAUCUGGGAACAACGUGCAGCCGUGACACGAGGAACCGCACAGUUUAGCCACUGAAUACUAAUUGUAAAUGAUGGGGUAAAUUAUGGUAGAGAGCUGCGCAGCUGUGGAAAACAUCUGUCAAACUAACCAUAUCAACGUGUCAGUGGAGACAAAAUCAGUAGAAAAAGAAAAUAAUUGAACCAAAUAAAUUGUCUCGUGUUAUUUGUGAGGAAUUUCUG